AUGUCGACUGUGAUGAAGGUGCUGCCGAUGUUCUACUCGGACACGGCUACGGUGGAGAAGGCGCGCGACUUCUGGGAGCUGUUCGAGUACCACACUGACCGGUUGCCAGACAGAGAGCGACUGUUGGUUUUCCGACAGAAGCUGAAGGGACGUGAGGCCGAAAGAUGGUGGAGCAACUCCAGCAUCAAGUCGUUCGCGACGCUGAAGGUGCGUUUCCACAACCGGGUUCUCAGCAGGACGGCUGACGAGCUCUGGGAGAGACUGUACUCCACUCAGCGUGAACGUGGCGAGUCAGUGGAGGAAUGGGGAGACCGAGCCACGGAUCUGUGCGACUCCCUCGACUAUCCGAACCCUCAGAUGCGGUAUCAGUUGUUCGGUCGUGGCCUGAAGACCAAGAGGAUGCUGGCUGCUCUAGAUUCAAGCCCGGCUCGAGAUAUUCCGGAGGCGUGCGAGUGGCUAAUGUUUAAGGACAUGCAUCGUCCUGUGAAGGAAGACGACGAAUUUCCUGACGAGUCGCGGGCGAGGACUGAUAGUCACACGGCGACUGUGAACGCUCUAACCCAGAAGCUGGACGACUUCCUGUUGCAGCAGCAGGAAUGGCAACACCAGGUGAUGGAAGAUUUGCAAUCCGUGCCGCCGGCUGCGGUGCCUACUGUAUCGGCGGUGGUGCCGAGCUCCGGAGGCCACGGACAGCUCCCUCCCGCUGGUGGAGCUGGUCCGUUCGGAGGUAAUCGUGCCCGUCGAGGCAUCAAGAUGGCGGAGGAUGCCCACACGCAAGAAGGAGAACUUGUCUGUGGCCGAUGCGACUACAAGGGUCACACUCGCGUGACGUGUUCGCGUCAAACGAUGACUUGCCGACGGUGUAACCAGUACGGUCAUAUUGUGGCUGAGUGUGAGAUGCCGUAUACCGGGGUCCGUGGCCCGCCUAGCGGUGGAAACGGAGGAGGAAACUCGACGAUGCGGUGUUUCUACUGCCACCAGAUCGGUCAUAGUGUCUCUCAGUGUCCCGAGAUCGCUACUCUGAAGGGAUUGGCCACGACUCUGAAGGCGUCGACGGCCGAAGCGUCUAGUCAAUGA